AUGCCGUUUGGGGUGGGGAGGAGAAUUUGUCCUGGCUCUGGUUUGGCAGUGCUUCAUCUGGAGUAUUUCGUGGCCAAUUUGGUCUGGAAAUUUGAGUGGAGAGCUGUGGAGGGAGAUGAUGUUGACCUGUCGGAGAAGCAAGAGUUCACUGUGGUCAUGAAGAAUCCAUUGCAGGCCCAUUUAUCCCCAAGAGUGAAAUAA